AUGGUAAAAAGGUGGAUUCAUCAAGUCCGACUGCAAAAGGGCUGUCUCGGUCAUCAUUGCCGAGAAGACGAGACGAGACGGAGGACGACAUUCCAGAAUUAUUCCGAAAUUAUUCCGAAAAAGAGUCGAGCCGAGCUUUUGGGCCUGCAGCGAAAAAUAGAAGCAGCGCUGCAGAAAGUGGACCCAUAUCCAUUUAUGAGCUUGCCGGUCGUCGGCGGACGAAAACCGGCAAAAGCUGGAACGCGCAGAGAGAUGGGGCGAGAGAUUCACGAGCCCACGACGACGACGACGGUGGCGAUGGUGGCGACGAUGGAUGGGCAAGAACGCGUAGAGGGGAGAAUUUGGGGCUCGAGGGAGGAGGAGGACGAUGCGGAGGACGAUGGGAUGAGAUGGGGCGGGCCGUGA